CUAAUAUUAGUGUAGCUGCUCAGGCCUCGAUUUUAUCUCUAAUACUAUCAAAAUCCUUCUUAAUAGCUGCUCUUAUGCUUUGUUCAAAUGUUUGCCAAUCCUCAUCAAGAAAUCAUACUCAUGCUGAUUAUGUGGCUUCAACAAACUAA